AUGCGGAAGUUCGGCAUCUUUCCACCAGAGAGGGAACUGCCAGCCACUGCCUGGUACACCAGCAGGGACACUGAGACUCCCGCCUACGAGAUACUAAGCGUACUGCAGUACUUCAGCAUGCAGUACAGUUUCUUCAUGGCGAUGUGCCUCGACCUGCUUUUUGUUUGCAUUAUAAUUCACGCAGCUGGUCAGCUGGAGGUUCUCAAUGCUAAAUUGAGACGCGUUGGUAAAAUUAUUGGGAAUCACGGUGAUGACGUUCACAAACAACAAAAGGUGCAGGAGGAAGACUUGGACAAAGAUUCCAGUGGAGAAACGAUGUGGGAAGAUCUCUGUAACUGGAUCAGGCACCAUCAGGACGUCAUUGAUUUCAUUAAAGAAAUUGAAAGGUUGCUGAGCAAAAUCGUCCUGCUUCAGUUCACUGGAGCUACUGUUAUUAUUUGCGUCACUCUAUUCCAAAGCUCUAAGAACACAGAAAACAUAGCAGCACUUCUACUGUUACAAGCAUACUUAGGAGUCGUUAUAUACGAGAUAUUCAUGUAUUGCUGGUACGCCGAUGACAUAUUAUAUCAGAACUCUCGCCUUGCGAAGUCCGCCUACUACUGCGGCUGGCCUGGGGCUCCUCCAGACCUGCAGCGCGCCCUGGUGUUCAUCAUCUGCAGGACUCAGAGGCCUCUGGGACUGACCGCCGGCAAAUUCUACUACGUCUCACGAGAAACGUUUGUCCGGUUGAUGAGUGCUUCCUACUCAUACUACGCUCUUCUCAACCAGGUGAACGACAAAUGAAUGGAAAAUACCUCCCAUUUUAUAUAAAUUCCAAGUGUCCACGAAAACGUACUGAUCGUCUCAAUACUUAGCAUAGCACGUCGACAGCGAUUUAUUGUCCAUCGAUUGAAGAAAUCCAUACAUACACGGAAAUUCAAAGAAAAUUUGCUUAAGUUACAGACAUAAUUUUUUACUUCAUUUGUGCGUGCCUUCGAACAUAAUACUAAUGGUACGUUUUAAAGCAAAAUAAUGCUACUGAUUCAGUUGUAGACUCACACACUUGUGCAUACUACUACAUUGCACAUUAUUCAGUGGGCAGCUUGUGAAUA